AUGGAAAAGUCAACACCUCUGCGUUUCUACGAUUUUAUUAAGGAUUUUGAGUUUGAUUAUUUAAAUACGUUACCAGAGAAAGCAUGGAAAGAUCUGGAAAAAGCCUAUACUUGUCAUCUUAAUACAGUAGAACAGACAGAAGCCGUAAAAAAACGAAAGCAAUUGUGGGAGACGACAAGGAAGCGUUUUCAGAAUGGUUUUAUCGAUAUUUAUUUACAAAUGCGUGAAAAACUUGUGGAAAGAAAAGUACAAGCUGAUUCUCAUAAAGUUGCAUGUCAUACUAUAUCUGCUAAUGUGGAGAAAGUUGGAAAAAAUAUCAUAUCAUGGACAAAAACUGCAACAAAUGAUAAUAGUCAAAAUCCAUUUUAUAUUUCGGGAAGCUUGAUCUUAAUGAAGAAGGAUGAGGCUGUAGUUAAUGAUAAUGGAAAAAAAAGGAAGUUGAAAGUCUAUGAAUCAAUCCGAACUCCAAAAAAUAAUAUAGCGGUCUUGAAUGAUAAUGAAGGCGAUGAACAAAAAGAAUUUGCACCUUCAAUUGAGAGUAAUAAGAAAAGAAAUUAUGACGGGGACAUUUUAUCAGCUGGUGGCACGAUGGUAUCUUCAGAAGAUAUCAAUAAUAUUCUAGAAAAUAUUAAGGCUAAUUAUGAAGAAAAAGAUGAGUUAACUGACAAUGAUGUUGAAAGAAGUUUAGCAGAAGCGGACAUCAUCAAUAUAAGUUCGGAUAACCCUCCAAUAAAUAGAGAACUUUUCAAUAGAUUAAAAGAAAAAGCACAUUCCCAACCUCCACCCCGCAUCAAGAUUGAUGGACUUAAAAAGUGGAUACAAGAAAACUAUGCUCGCAAGAUAACCACCACGAUAUCAAAUAUUCGAUCAGUAACAACCAUUGAAAAUUUUGAUGCAAAACAGGUUGACUUUAUAAAACGAAUAUUAGAAAUCAAGCUUAUGCAAUUUCAAGCUGGGCAAGGCAAAAAACUCGACUUACUUAUGGAUGAGAAUACAUACACAUCAACAAUAGUAUCUCCCGAUUUUGAAAUUCUAAAAUUUUGUUUUCCGAAAUUAUUCAUCAGCAGAUGGAAUGAAAAUGAUGUUCCUUCAUCUAAAUGGCGUCGUGAAAUAGUUUACCGCGAUAGUAACGCCUCUGCACGUAAGGCAGAUGGUAUCCUUUUUAAUUAUGGAAAUAUCACUCAAGAAUUUUUACUUUUUGAGAAUAUCGGCCCACCAUUAAAGACCCAAAAUCCCAAGUAUAAUGGUGAUCUUUUAAAAUGUUUUCGAAACUCUGUAGAUUCGAUUUGCAAAACUUUCUGGAAUGGAAAUGGAGACAUAAAAUUUGCAAAGAAAUACUACGUAUUAGCAUAUGUGUUGUAUAAGGACAAAGGCGAAUUAUUUAGAUUGAACUUGGGUGCCCCUAAAACCUUUGUUGCUGAAAGGAUAUUAACAGUUAAUUACCCUUUUGAGUAUUCGACCUUUCCUUGCAUUGUCAGUAUUAUCGAUCUUCUUUUCACAGUUAAGGCUAUUUUCGAAUCCAAUGUGGAUGUUCUUCAUGAUUAUUCAAAGUCAUGCAUGGAAAUAUCUAAUAAUUUCACACCAGUUCGAGAAUGGCUUAGUUUGAAUAGGAAUAGCCUCUGA